AUGGAGCGGUUUGACUCGGUUGUCGUGCUGAUAAGCUAUCACUUGGAUAAAUUGAGAACCAUACACCGUUGGAAUGAGUUGAGACGUACAGAGUAUGAACAAAAUUAUGGGAGAAGACAAGAUAGAAGGAUAUACGAAAUGAGGAGACGCGUUGCCGAAAAUCGUAUUUGGGGAGAUGUUUGGCCAGAGGAAGGACAUGAGCGGGCGUGGCCAAGUAUAUAUACCCUGUUUAGUCCCCUAGUCUGCAUCCCCACAUCCAUGCAUCGUUCAGUGAACAAACACAAAAUGGGGUUGCUCUUCCUUUUAGCUGCUCUGGUUCAUACAUCACUAGCUGGAGACCUAUACUCUCCCACUGUAUAUGGAACAGCACCAGCAACAUAUGUGGCUCAACCUGCAACAUAUGCGUCUUCUCUGAGAACUUCAGUUGGCUAUGGACCCUUGGCAGCUGCCAGACUCAACGCCCUGGGAUACUCAGCAGCUGUACCUGUAGCUGCACCUGUAGCUCCUGCAGCUCCUGUAGUUGCCCCUGUAGCUGUUCCUCUAGCUGCCCCUGUAGCUCCUGUAGUUGCUCCUCUAGCUGCCCCAGUAGCUCCUGUAUUCCCAAGGUAUGCGGCUCCACUUGUAUCAAGAUACGCAACUCCACUUGUAUCAAGAUACGCAGCAGUCCCAGCCGUUGCAAGUGUUCCUGUCACCAAGUACGAGGCACAACCCGGUUACAUCCAGAACUACGUGGACGUUGCUCACCAGAAAGUCGCCACCAGCAAAGUCCAGAUUCGUAGACCUGCUGUCCAGAAGAGUUUCUACGACAUUGAGGAGAGGAUCGUUGUGAGACCUGUAGGGUCUGCAGUUCUGGAAUUCGAUCAGCCCACCUCUAGAUCCCAGACUGGACCAACUCUGUUCCAAUCUGCACACUACUAUCCUGCUGCACAUCCAGUGAAUGCUAUUCCUGUUGGAAUCACACAUCUUCCAACAGCUCCUGCAGGAAUCGCACCUCCACAGACAUCCACUGAGGAGUAUCUGCCACCUUCAGCACCAGAGGAUAACAACCAAGAUACCACAGCUACUCCUCCACCUGCUCAGAAUUUCCCACAGCAGCCACCGAAUUUCCCUCAACAGCCACCGAAUUUCCCUCAACAACCACCAAAUUUCCCUCAACAGCCUCCAAGUUUCCCAGCAACAAGCCCUGAAGAAGAUAACAGCCAGUUUGAUGAUUCAGACAGUAUCACAAUUGAGAACCCUGAUGUAAGGGCCAGAUCACAGCAACCCUCAAGAAAUCAGGACAGGAUGACCAGUUCACAGUUAUCUGGAAACCAGAUUCUGGCUGGUGUCCCUAGGCAACCAACACAGUUCCGUACACAACAAGUUGAGACCACAAGUCAACAAUCUCUUCCACAAUUCCCCAACCAACUUUUCUCCCAGGCUUUGUUGAGUGGCAGAAGACUGCAACCACAGUUCCGCAUUAAUGUUCCACAACAACAGCAGACACAAUUCCGUAUCAAUGUGCCUCAACAACAACAGCAACAGGAUGCCCAACAAGAUCAACAACAGGAACAACAACAACAACAGAUGCAGGAGCCACAACAACAGACUCAGAGCAGAGCCUCAUCACAACAAACUGAGGCUCGAUUUCUAAGUGAAGCACCUCAGCUACGUUCCAAUGGUUUCCCAGCUCAACAAAACCCUCAGGAUCUGUUGACACCUCAGCUUCGCUCCAACAACCUCCCCGCUCAACAAAAUUCUGAUCUGUCAACACCCCAGUUGCGUUCCAACACCUUCCAACAAACCUCUGAUACCUCCUCUGAUGUGAUCAUCUCAACCCGGAGCAGUUUGACCGAGGAGGAGAACAUGCAGAACCAGCAACGCUUAAUAGAUCUGCUGACUGGCAGAAACGGGGUGGCCGAGGUAAGAUCAGGGGUGAGCGUGGAGUCUCUAGGGGAGGCAGGCCAGGUACGUACCAGGGUGCUUUCUGUCACUCCUGCUCCACCAUCAGCCAACGGGGAUGAAAGAGUGUCUACCAGGCGUGUGGUUGUCAGUCGGCCAAUCCAGACUCUCCAGGAGGUCGACGUUGUCCAGCCAUUCACCAAACUGCAGAGGGUCACAGUUCAACAACCGGCUCUCAUAAAGACCGCUCGCGUCGGUCUAGCUAGAGUCAACACUCUUGCGUCUGUUCCUCUACCAGCCUACUCGCCCUACGCUUACGUUCAUUGAUAAAUAAUUUUCUUACCAUUUUUUAGAUCAAAAUUUGAUAUUUAUGUACAUUCAUUUGUAAAUAGAACAUUCGAUCAAAUCA